AGAGAGAGAGAGAGAUGGAUCCAGACGCAGUAGCCAAGGCGUUCGUGGAGCACUACUACAGCACGUUCGAUUCGAAUCGCGCAGGGUUGGUUUCUCUAUACCAGGAAGGAUCCAUGUUAACCUUCGAAGGGCAGAAGAUCCAGGGCUCUCAGAACAUCGUCGCCAAGCUCACCAGCCUUCCUUUCCAGCAGUGCAAGCACAACAUCACCACCGUCGAUUGCCAGCCCUCUGGUCCCGCCAACGGCAUGCUCGUCUUCGUCUCCGGUAAUCUUCAGCUCGCUGGCGAACAGCACGCUCUCAAAUUCAGCCAGAUGUUCCAUUUGGUAUCGAAUCAGGGAAACUACUACGUGUUCAAUGAUAUAUUCAGGUUGAACUAUGCCUGAAGAGUGUGGUGGCAGGAUGGCGUAUAUGAACACCAUUAGUACAAGUCCAUAAGAGACUGAUGGAGGUUUGGGGUUAAUUCAUGUUGGUUUUAGUAGAUUUCAGGUGUUUUGCUGUCUAUCUUUAUUGUAAUCAAUCGAGAGAUCUUUUGUUCACUUUGGUUGAGAUAACUCCGCUUGAGAAUUGAUCCAUCAUUCAUCAAGUGCUUAAUUAAAAACAAAAAGGUCUAUUUGAAAAUGGUUCUCUGUUGGAACCUUUUUGCCUAUAACUGAGAGUAAUGAAAUAAUGUGUACGACCCCUGUUUCCAGAUUGUAUCAGAUAAACAGGUCACACAAGAACACGCUAUCUUUCGUCAUCAUCGUCGAAACCGAAUUCUCGCAAUAGCUCGGGCACUUGGAUAUGAACUCCACUGUUUGUUCCAUUCCCAUUAUUAAGGUUGUUUUCAUCUUUGUCCUUGGAAGUCCCUGGAAGUCUGCUCUUGAUUGGACCUAACUUACCUUUGAACAUCCCCGAGAGCAUACCUCCAAUGGAUCUGAUUGGGUGGGUUAAUCUCUCUUUCAUCAUGUAGAUCAUUGAGUACUCAGAUAGCUGCCAAGUCAACGUCAGGAUGAUCAAAGCAGAGAGCAGAAUGUGGGUUACUUUGUUCUGCCUCUUCACCUCCUUGAUGUCUUUAGCCAUCUCUUCUAUACUCUCUUCCAAUUGUUUACUGCCCUCGUGUUUUCCUUUGGAUGGUGAAGAAUCUGGCGAUGGUUCUUCUUCUUCUUCUUUGGCAAUCACAAGUGUCUUUUGGAUUGGGUUCGGUAAUUCCAGCUGAGAUUAUAUAAACAAAAAUUAGCAAUAGCCCUGAAAUGAGAAGUUGUGGUGCCAUUAUCAAAACAACAACUUGUCAGCAACACAUCACGUUUUGUAAAGAACAGUUGACUCUUACAUCCCAAAGACCCAAGUUGUUCAACUACAAAUAAUGAGACACUGACAAAAAGAAUCUUGUUCAUCUACCUUUUGUAAUUCGAUUCAUGAUACAAAUCAGGCCAAGCGGAUUUCACCAAACAAAGCACUUACCAGUUAUAUAAUUAUUACACAGACUCGUUUAGUUUUUUUAUUUUCGCAGUCCAAGAUGAUUUAAACAUCAUAUUCAA